CAAAGAAUCGCUGGCCAUUCGUGUUGUUGGACUACUGCUGGCGGUGCUGUGGGACCACGGCCAACAACUGCCCCUCAACAGCAAGCUCCAUGACACCUGGCCGCAGAACCGGCCAGUACAAUGUCCAGCGGGGCAAAGCGGCCGGUGCGGCUCUGGGCUCGAGCUCAGGGAAAGCACCGUACCAGCGCUGCAGCUCCCAGGACUCUCUGGACGAGCAGGCCAUGGUGGACUACUUCAAAGAGGUGGAGAUCAUCCAGUGCAGCGGAGACGCAGAGACGCAGGAGGACCUGCAGCUGAAGGUGGCUGAUGAGGGCGAGCAGGAGGAGGCGUGGCUGAUGGAGGCGGGGCUUGCGACGCUGUUCGACGAAUCGGCUUCAGACGGUGAGGACGGCAUCGUUCUGCUGUCGACUCUGACCCGAACGCAAGCGGCCGCCGUGGAGAGACGCGUGGAGACGCUCAAACAGACGCUACGCAAACGCAACAAACCGUACAGUGUCCCGGAUGUUCGAGAGAUCUUUAAACCAUCUCCUGCUUCACAGAGUAAAGAUGAGGCUGGAUCCACAGAAAGAAGUGGGAGCAAUAAACAGGAAGUGGAAGGACUGGGUAAUGGGGCGAGGCCUGGCGCUCCAGGGGGCGGAACUGAUGCCGAGAUGGACAUUAACCUGGAGGUGUCGUUCUCCGAGCAAGCACUUAUCUACAAAGAAGGGUUGAAGGUUACCCAGCCCCAGAAUGAAGCUGACGACAGGUUACCCGAUUUUAAAGUGUCCCAGGAUAAGACCGGACAGACAAGAGUAGGCGAUCUGUCCGCUGAGGACAUGAAGAAGGUUCGCAGGCUUGUUCUGAUCGAGAUGAGCGCUCUGUUCGACACGUGUGGCAUCGAGGUGAAGGCUCAUAAAGCUCUCAAGGUCAAAGUGAGAGAGUCGGGUUUGUUUGGUGUUUCUCUCUCUACGCUGCUGGAACAAGACCAGCGGAGGAUCCCGGGAACCAAAGUGCCUCUUAUCCUGCAGCAUUUGAUCUCUCAUAUAGAGGAGCAGGGUUUAGACACAGAGGGUGUGCUGCGGAUCCCUGGAGCCGCUACUAGAGUGAAGGCCGUCUGUCAUGAGCUGGAACACAAGUUUUACGAAGGCGUGUUCCCGUGGGAGAGUCUCAAACAGCACGACACAGCCAGUCUCCUGAAGCUGUUCAUCAGGGAGCUGCCCUAUCCUCUGCUUACCGUCGAGUACUUCAAUGCCUUCGUCUCUGUGCUGAGUGAAAUUCCCACUGGUAAAUAUAUGCUGCAGGCUCUCAAUCUGCUGGUGCUCCUGCUGCCCAAACCCAACAGAGACACUCUCAAGGCUCUUAUGGAGUUCUUCCAAAGAGUGAUCGACCAUAAGGACAGGAAUAAGAUGACGCUGAACAACGUUGCAGUGGUGAUGGCGCCCAACAUCUUCAUGUGCAAGGGCUUCCGCAGUAAGAUCAGUGAACAGCAGGAGUUCGCUAUGGCCACUGGCACGGCUAACAUCGUCAGGCUGCUCAUCCGCUACCAGAACCUCCUCUGGACGAUUCCCAAGUUCAUCCUGAAUCAGGUGCGCAAACAAAACAUGGAGAACCAGCGGAAGAUGAACAGAGACAGAGCGGUUAAAAAACUACUGAAGAAGAUGGCGUACGACCGCGAGAGAGCCUCUAACAAACAAGAGAGCAACGCUGAGGCUGAAGGAGGCUUCAUAAGGGUCCAGGCUCCUCAGUUCUCGAUGGUGUCCAUGGCUGUACAGCUGACGGAGGAUUUAAAGGCCUCAGAUGUUCUGACACGCUUCCUCAGUCAAGAGAGGACUCUGUCUGUGAAACGAGAGGAUCUGUGUCUCUAUGAGAUGGGAGGAAACAUCAAGGAGAGAUGUCUGGAUGAAGAGACGUACAUCAAAGCUCUUCUGGAGCUCAACCCCAGUGCAGAGUGGGUCAUAAAAUCCGUCCAGCACUGACCGAGCCAUGCCAAUCAUCCCAUCCCGCCACGCACCUUACAGUCCACCGCAAACAGACCAUUAAAGGGAAGGCAGCAGGGUUCAGUAUAUAAUAUAUUUCACAUUCAUCCCGUCCUCUGCCGAAGCGUACACCUCCAACACUAUAACCUACACCGAUAUGGUUUUCAGGAGAUGCUUGGGUAGCAGUUGUAUGCACAUCCUUUAUAGUAAAAGCCAAAAAAGCUCAUAGUGUCUGUGCUCAUUUAGUCUGGUUUGGCACUUUGGCACAUUUUAAUCGCUUGUGAAGAAUAGGUUGUUUGAUAGUACAAAAAUCAGAGACUAAUUUACCAGGUUUUCUAGAAAAUCUCCAGGUCAUGUUUCAUCCUAGAAGAAA